AUGAGGUACGGGCGCACCCUCGAGCUCUCACGCUACAAGCCGUGGGCAAACAACUACAUCGACUACGCUAAGCUUAAGAAGCUGCUGCGCGAGGACGAUUCCGCGCCGAGCUCGCCGACCCCCGAGACAACUCCCAGCAAGAACGAGAAGUGGACGGAUGAGGACGAGAGCAGAUUCGUGCAUGAGCUGGUGAACGUCCAGCUGGAGAAGGUGCACGAGUUCCAUAGGGACACAUACGAGAAGCUGCGGGACAGGACUGCGAAGUGUGAGGCCAAGCUUGAUACCGUGGCCGUUGCGGAGGCUGGGGAGAAGAACAACAACGAUAACAACAACAACAACAACAACAACAACAACAACAACAACAACAACAAUGAGGAUGGUCAGACCGACGGCGCCAACAGCAGCAAGGGCGAGGGCAAAGACUCCCCAUCGAGCAAUGGCAAUGGCAAGAAGCCGGUGCCAAGCGAGGCCGAGAGGAAGACCAUCCUGAAGGAGGUCCUGUCCGAGCUCGACCACAUCACCAAGGAGACGAAUGAGCUGGAGAAGUACAGCCGCAUCAACUACGCCGGCUUUCUCAAGGCAUGCAAGAAGCACGACCGGAAACGAGGUGGAUCAUACCGUGUGCGACCAUUGCUGCAGGUGCGACUGUCUGCACUGCCUUUCAACAGGGAAGACUACGGUCCCCUGCUGUUCCGCCUGAGUGCCAUGUACAGCUUCGUGCGCACCCGCUUGGACGAGUCCGGCGACCAGCCAAAGGCGUUGGAAGAUCAGCAGGGCAAGGAAGAGUACACCAGCCACAAGUUUUGGGUGCACCCGGAGAACUUGCUCGAGGUCAAGACCUUGAUCCUGCGCCAUCUGCCAGUGCUGGUAUAUAACCCUCAGACAUCCAAGGUCGCAGAGGGCAACCAACCUGAUCCAUCGAUAACUAGCAUUUACUUCGACAACCCGGCCUUUGAGCUCUACUCGAACAAGGUCGACAAGAAUGCCGGAUCUUCGCUGCGUCUGAGGUGGUAUGGACAUCUUAAUGCCAAGCCGCAGAUCUGGGUCGAGAAGAAGACGGUUCAAGAGGACAACAAGAGCAGCGAGGAUCGCUUCACCACCAAGGAUAAGUAUGUGCAGCGAUACACCAACAAUGAGUACCACAUGGAGAAGCAGAUCCAGAAGCUGGAAGAUCGUGCUGGUGCGGAGAGUAACGAAGCUAAGAGCUUCAAGUCGUCAGUGGAAGAGAUCCAAGCCUUCAUCAAGAGGUACGAGCUGCAGCCUGUUGUUCGCGCGAACUACACGCGCACUGCUUUCCAGGUCCCUGGCGACGACCGUGUGCGUAUAAGUCUCGACACUGAUCUUGCUUUCAUCCGGGAAGAUGCCAUCGACUCCGACCGUCCGUGCAGAGACCCGAAAACUUGGCAUCGUACCGACAUUGACAACAAUGAGCUGGAGUACCCCUUCUCAUCGAUCAGGAAGGGCGAGAUCAGUCGCUUCCCAUUCGCUGUUCUCGAGAUCAAGCUGCGUAGUACGCCUGGUAAGAGAAGCGCUGAGUGGAUCCAGGAUCUGAUGAACAGCCAUCUGGUAAAGACAUCCCCCAAGUUCAGCAAAUUCGUACAUGGAGUCGCCCAGCUCUUCGAAGACUAUGUCAACACUUUCCCAUUCUGGCUCAGUGAGAUGGAGACCGACAUUCGCCGGGACCCGCAGCAGGCUUUCGAGGAAGAGCAGGCCAAACGACAGAAGGAGCGCGACGAUGAGUUCGCUGUGGGUACUCUCCUGCGGACUUCAUCAAUGUUCUCUCCAGCGCAGAAAUCUGGCGGCGUUUUGUCGCCUGUUGGAUCUCCCUCCGUACCGAGCACAUCUAUACAGCGUAGCCCAGCAUCACAACGGAAAGACGCAACACAGGCGCCUAGGCAGCAGCAGGCUACCGCCGAACCGACCCAAAUGCAAGACACUGCAGGCGAAAUCGAUGACGAUGAUACUGGAACACACACGCACAACACAGAGCUCAACAGAACGCCUAGUGGUCUCAAAUCUCUGUUCCCAACCUUCAGCACGUCAAAGUACGGCACAUUCAAGCGUGGGAAUCGGACGAAGCUGCCACCUGGCGUUGUCGAGCCUAAGAACUGGAUCAAGGACCAGGGAACCAACAAAGUGGAGGGCAAGGUGUGGCUCGCAAACCAGCGAACGUUUAUCAAGUGGCAGCACGUUUCGAUUCUCCUCGCCUCGCUUUCUCUUGGUCUCUUCAACGCUGCCGGGCCUAACAAUACUGUUGGCAAGGUUCUUGGUAUCGUGUAUACGUCUAUCGCAGUCUUCGCGGCCGCUUGGGGAUACUUCACGUACAUGUGGAGGGCCAACUUGAUUCAGAGGAGAAGCGGGAAGGACUUCGAUGCUGUCGCUGGUCCGGUCAUUGUCUGCAUUGGUCUGAUCGUUGCGCUGAUACUUAACUUCGCGUUCAAGCACAAAGCAGUCAUGGAAGAACGACGAAACCAGGACGCCCACCUAGGCGUCGGCAUCAACCAAACGCAAUUCCUGGGCAUGCAUUCCGAUCUAUGA